AUGGUGCUUAACAACAGUACCGAUCGAGCAUUAACUCACGAAGAAAAGAUUACUCGUGCUGAAUGUUAUAGGGCCAUGGCAGCAGCGCAACUCGGCUUUAGCUAUGACUCAUCAAAAAAUAUUCCUGAAUUAUUUGCGUCAAUGUUUCCUGACAGUAAAGUAGCUGCCGAUUAUGCGAUGAAAGAUCGUAAGCUUUCGUAUGUAGUAUCACAUGGAACUGGUUCUUUUUUUAUUCGUGAACUCAUUAAAGAUGUACUUAAAGCUCCUGCCUACUUGUUACUUUUCGAUGAAACAACUAUUGUUGGAGUACGAAAGCAACUGGAUUUACAUAUUCGAUACUGGAGCGAAUACCAACAGGGUGUCGUAACACGAUAUUGGAAAAGUAUUAUGCUUGUGCACGCGACUGCUGACAUUAUCAGUCACCAUUUACUCGAUUCAUUGAAAUCUGAGGGGCUCGAUUUGUCUAAACUUCUUCAUUUGGGUAGGGAUAAUCCUAAUGUCAAUAAAGCGGCUGACGCUAUGAUAGAGAAGGAAGUGCGAUCUGCCCAAGAGAAAAAAACAGGAAAUUCAUCAAGCAACGGUUUACUUCCAAUUGAACCUUGUCCACUUCAUAUUAUUCACACUGCUUUCAAACGAGGUUUUACUCAAAACGACUGGCAAAUUGAAGAUAUUUUAUACGACUUUUGGUGUUUUUUUCUCCCGAUCAUCAGUUCG